AUGAGUUUCUCUCGAAAAGAUGAUAAAGUCAUUUUAAUUGAUGGUGGCCUUGGCACGACAUUGUAUGAAUAUGGACUUGCUACUCUUGAUGAUCCUUUAUGGUCUGGAAAAGCAUUAGUAACAGAAUUGGAACAACUUGCAAAAGCACAUCGAGCUUUUGUUCAAGCGAAAUGUGAUUUUAUUUCAACUGCUACGUAUCAAGUUUCAGUUGAGAAUUUAAUGACCCAUCAUCAUUUAUCUAAUGAACAAGCAGAAGAAAUUAUAUAUAAUGCAGUAAAAAUUGCUCGAAAUGUUAUUGAUGAAGAAAAAGCAAAAUGUUAUGUAGCAGCUUCAAUUGGUCCUUAUGGAGCAACGUUAAAUGAUGGUAGUGAAUUUAAUGGAUGGUAUACAGAUUCAAUGACAAUCGAACAAUUCAAAGAUUGGCAUCGACCUCGAUUGGCAAUAUUAGCUCGUGCUGAGCCUGAUUUAAUUGCUUUUGAAACAAUACCAUCCCAAAAAGAAGCUGAAGCACUAGUUGAAUUACUGAAAGAAUUUCCAAAUGUAAAAGGAUGGCUUUCUUUCAAUUGUCAGGAUUCUAAAAGGACAGCCCAUGGUGAACCAAUUGAAGAAGCAGCUGCAUCUGUUUGUCUUAAAUCUCCUGAUCAAAUUAUAGCUGUCGGGGUAAAUUGUGUACAUCCAGACACUGUUGUUCCUCUUAUCAAACAAAUGAAUAAAAUUGAUCGCGAUUUUAUAGCCUAUCCUAAUGCUGGUGUUACAUGGGAUGCUGAAAAACAAGUAUUCAAUAGUCAAGGUCAAUCAAUUGCACCAUUUAUUCCUUCGUAUAUUGAUGCUGGCUUAAAAUACCGUCAAUCUACUCUUCCUACAUUUGGCCAUGUAUCAGAAUUUGAUUAUAAACGUGAUGCGAAGUAUUUAUCCAAAAUAUUGAAACAAUGUAUAACAGCACAUACAUUGGAUUUAGAUGCUAUUCUUCAUUUUUUAUCAUCAUAUACAUGUGAACAACGUAUUAUUCUUGUUCGUGAUCUUGAAUUUGAAUAUGAUUAUAAAUUAAUUGAUAUGGUACUCGAAAGACCUGAAUCUCCAAUGCGUUCAUGUACAUUAGCAAUGUUAAUUGAACCAGUUGAAUUAUAUGUACGUGAUUUUCAUGAUUUACUUACAUAUAAACAAAUGAAAAAAAUCGAUUAUGAUAUAUCAAGAAAAUUAGUUGAAAUUUUAUUACCAUUAAACAAUGAGGAUAUACACAAAUUUAAAGAAACAUAUGAAAAUUUAUUUGAAAGUUCUGUAAAAGAUGAUAUUGAUAUUGUUCAAGGUGUUGAAAAUUUAAUAACAAAUUUACUUAAACAAUUACUUGAAGGUAAACGUUAUGAAGAAUCUGGUCAUUCAGCAACCGUAGCUAAAAAUAUAGCUAAAAAAUUAUAUGACGCUGGUGAAGGUACACCUGGUAUUGAUUAUGAUACAUUUAUAAGAAUUUUUACACAUGAUGCUUUUUCACAAUUAUCAGCUAUAUUUGAUGUAUAUGAAGAUAAAUAUGGACGACCAAUACAAGACGCAAUUGAACAUGAAUUUCAAGAAAAAAUUGAAAUUGAAUGUUUUCAAGAUAUGGUCGAAUAUGUACGAUCACCAAGUAGUUAUCAUGCUAAAAUACUUCGACAAGCAUUAGAUAAAACACCAAUUGAUUACGUUACUUUAAUACGUACUAUUAUUGGUCAUGAAGAUAAAGAUUUAGAUGAAAUAUGUUUAGAAUAUUCAAAAAUUUAUGAUGAAACACUCGAUCAAACAGUUAGAAAUCAUAUUGAUAUUCAGGAAAUAAAACGUUUAUUUACUCUUAUUAUAACACAUGGACGAGAUGUACCACCAACUGAAUAUGAUCCAGUGGGUUUUGAUCAAUUUCAUACUAACGUUCCAACUAGUCCAGGAGCAGUUUCAACAUCAUCGUCAAUGGGGAGUGCUAAUGGAAUGAGAAGGAAUCGAUCACAAGAAGCAUUCGAUAAAAUUUGCAAUGUUUUUAAAAUAACUCGUCCUCAUUGA